UGUCGCGGGAGGCCGGGCGUUGCAGCCGGGAGCGCACAGACGGCGGCCCGGCCGGAGCGAGGCGGGCGCCGCUGCGAUGCUGCCGGGCGGACGGCGCGGGCGGCUCGGCGGGCACGGCCGGGCUACGGGGCCCGGGAGCCUGCUGGCUUGGCUGAUGCUGGCGUCUGCGGGCGCCGCGUCCUGCCCCGAAGCCUGCUGCCCCCACGGCCCCUCGGGGCUGCGAUGCACCAGGGCUGGGGCCCUGCGUAGCUUCCACCACCUGCCGGGCGCAGAGAACCUGACCGAGCUCCACAUCGAGAACCAGCAGCAUCUUCAGCGCCUGGAGCUCGGGGACCUGAGGGGCCUGGGGGAGCUGAGAAACCUCUCCAUCGUGAAGAGUGGUCUCCGUUUCGUGGCACCAGAUGCCUUCCAUUUCACUCCUCGGCUCAGCCGCCUUUGCUUGGGCCAGGGAGGGGCAGCCAGAUGCCCAACACCCGUCCCUCCCAUGACUCUUUCGGUGUCCCCUACACCCACCAGGGUCCUGUCCGGGAACCCUCUGCACUGUUCCUGCGCCCUGCGCUGGCUGCAGCACUGGGAGGAGGAGGGGCUGGGCGGAGUGCGUGAGCAGAAGCUGCAGUGUCUGGGCCAGGGGCCCCUUGCCCUCAUGCCCAAUGCCAGCUGUGGUGUGCCUACGCUGACGGUCCAGAUGCCCAAUGCCUCUGUGGACGUGGGGGACGACGUGUGGCUGGAGUGCCAGGUGGAGGGGCGGGGCCUGGAACAGGCCGGCUGGAUCCUCACAGAGCUGGAGGAGUCGGCCACAGUGAUGAAAUAUGGGGGUCUGCCGUCCCUGGGGCUGACCCUGGCCAAUGUUACCAGUGACCUGAACAAGAAGAAUGUGACAUGCUGGGCGGAAAACAACGUGGGCCGGGCAGAGGUGUCUGUUCAGGUCAACGUCUCUUUCCCGGCCAGCGUGCAGCUGCAUGAUGCAGUGGAGCUGCACCAUUGGUGCAUUCCCUUCUCUGUGGACGGGCAGCCGGCACCCUCACUGCGCUGGCUCUUCAAUGGCUCCGUGCUCAACGAGACCAGCUUCAUCUUCACUGAGUUCCUGGAGCCGGCGGCCAAUGAGACUGUGCGGCACGGCUGCCUGCGCCUCAACCAGCCCACGCACGUCAACAACGGCAACUACACGCUGCUGGCUGCCAACCCCUCUGGCCAGGCCUCGGCCUUCGUCAUGGCCGCCUUCAUGGACAACCCUUUUGAGUUCAACCCCGAGGACCCCAUCCCCGUCUCCUUCUCUCCAGUGGACACUAACAGCACAUCUGGAGACCCCGUGGAGAAGAAGGACGACACACCUUUUGGAGUCUCAGUGGCCGUGGGCCUGGCGGUCUUUGCCUGCCUCUUCCUUUCUACACUCCUCCUUGUGCUCAACAAAUGUGGACGGAGAAACAAAUUUGGGAUCAAUCGGCCUGCUGUUCUGGCUCCAGAGGAUGGGCUGGCCAUGUCCCUGCACUUCAUGACACUGGGUGGCAGCUCCCUGUCCCCCAGUGAGGGCAAAGGCUCUGGGCUCCAAGGCCACAUCAUCGAGAACCCACAGUACUUCAGUGAUGCCUGUGUCCACCACAUCAAGCGCCGGGACAUCGUGCUCAAGUGGGAGCUGGGCGAGGGUGCCUUUGGGAAGGUCUUCCUUGCGGAGUGCCACAAUCUGCUGCCUGAGCAGGACAAGAUGCUGGUGGCUGUCAAGGCGCUGAAGGAGGCGUCCGAGAGCGCGCGGCAGGACUUCCAGCGCGAGGCUGAGCUGCUCACCAUGCUGCAGCAUCAGCACAUCGUGCGCUUCUUCGGUGUCUGCACUGAGGGCCGCCCACUGCUCAUGGUCUUCGAGUACAUGCGGCAUGGGGACCUCAACCGCUUCCUCCGGUCCCACGGGCCUGACGCCAAGCUACUGGCUGGCAGAGAGGAUGUGGCUCUGGGCCCCUUGGGCCUGGGGCAGCUGCUGGCGGUGGCGAUCGAGUGCAUCACGCAGGGACGUGAGCUGGAGCGGCCACGUGCCUGUCCGCCAGAGGUCUAUGCCAUCAUGCGGGGCUGCUGGCAGCGGGAGCCCCAGCAGCGCCAUAGCAUCAAGGAUGUCCAUGCACGCCUGCAAGCCCUGGCCCAGGCAUCUCCUGUCUACCUGGACGUCCUGGGCUAGGGGACCAGCCCAGGGGCUGGGGGCAGGUAGCCAGAGCACUGGGCCUGCCCUCAGCCUCCCCCAUAGCUCCCAGCAGCCCCAGGGUGAUCUCAGAGCAUCUAACUCACCCUCAGCAUGUGGAGGGGACAGUGGGGGCUGGGAGCAGAGGAUGCUCCUGCCUUUCCAGGCAAGGCUCCGUCAUAGCAAUUAUAUUUAUUAUCCCUUG